CGGCACGUGACGAUACGCAGCUGCCGCGAUCCACCCACAAAAAUUUCCGUCGAGAGUCGCUGUUGUUCAUGGUUGUUCGGUGGAAGGCACGCUCUUUGCAGACACCAAGCCGCCCAUUCCCCUGGUUGUAACCAUCGCUCAUCGAACGGGCCGAGGAUGAGCUUGACUAGGAGCUAAUUGCUCUUGCCAACGUCACCCAAUCACCAAAUUUCUCCCGCCAACCGUGUGGAAAGUUUGCAGUUGCAUAAAAACAUGGCUCCCACAGCGACGAAUACCGACUGGACCGUCGGGUUCGAUACCCUGCGGCGAGAACGACUCUUCAAGAACCCGCCAAAGGAUCGAUCAGCCUAUCCGCUGCUGGAGGCUGCAGUGCGGCCUCACAUCAACUCAUUCAAUGCCCUUUUCGGAGAGAACAAAAUUAUCGAGGAGGCCUUGAAGGACAUGGGCACCAAGACAUUCCUAGACGGCGAUAACGAGACUCCGGAGCAGAGGCAAGCACGACUGGCCGCAGGCGAACGCCCCCCGCAGCGAAACCGUCUCAACCUGCGCAUUACCGAGGUUUUUCUGGAAAAAGCAGUUCUCCCACCCACCAACAAAUUCGUUCCCCGUAACGGAAAUAAGGACUACCGCAACAUCUAUCCAUCCGAAUGCAGAGAAAGACAUGCCACCUACAGAGGUCGAUUGCGCGUUAGAUUGCAGUUCCAGGUGAAUGCGGGCGAAUGGAAAGAAUCUAUUCGCGAUCUAGGCCAAGUUCCUCUGAUGUUGAGGUCCAACAGAUGCCAUUUAGAAAACUCCAGCCCACAGCACUUGGUGGAUCACAAAGAAGAGUCUGAGGAACUGGGUGGAUAUUUCAUCGUCAAUGGAAAUGAAAAACUGGUCCGAAUGUUAAUUCUGCCGAAACGAAACUACCCUAUGGCUAUCAUGCGACCGUCUUUCCAAAAGCGCGGUGCUGGUUUCACUAAAUUUGGCGUUCAAAUACGUUCGGUUCGACCUGACCAAACUUCCCAGACCAAUGUCAUCCAUUAUCUGAGCGAUGGAAACUUGACAUUCCGAUUUUCCUACCGCAAGCAAGAAUACCUCAUUCCAGUUGUCAUGAUUCUGAAAGCACUUGUUGAAACCAAUGACCGCGAAAUUUUUGAAGGAAUUGUGGGAAAUGCGUCAUCGAAUGGCGUCAAAAACACAUUCGUCACCGAUCGUGUCGAACUGCUGCUAAGAACAUACAAGGGCUACAACCUCCACUCACGAACAGAUGCUAGAGCUUACUUGGGUAGAAAAUUUCGCCCGGCUCUCUUUGCUCCAGCCCAUUGGACAAAUGAGCAAUGUGGUACAGAAUUUCUUCGUAAAAUCGUGCUACCACAUUUGGGCAAUCAGAAUGUGACCGAUACGCAAGAUCACGACAAGUUCAAAAUGAUGACAUUUAUGAUCCGGAAACUUUAUGCAUUUGUUGCUGGCGACUGCGCUGCCGACAACCCAGAUGCUGUCUCGAACCAGGAAGUGCUUCUUGGCGGAUUCCUUUAUGGCAUGCUUUUGAAGGAAAGGCUCGAAGAAUGGCUGCUCUCUUUUGGAAGAGUCGCCCGAGAGUGGUCGUACCGGGGUGGUGGCCUCAAAUUUACAGACCCUACAUUUGAGAAAGACUUUUUGGCAAAGAUUGUCAAGCGAACUAACGAAAACGUUGGUGGAGCACUCGAAUACUUUUUAUCGACAGGAAACCUGGUCAGUCCUACUGGUUUGGAUAUGCAACAGGCAUCUGGUUAUACUGUCGUCGCGGAGAAGAUCAAUUUUUACCGUUUUAUUGCUCACUUUCGCAUGAUACACAGAGGUAGCUUUUUUGCACAGCUCAAAACGACCACUGUGCGUAAAUUGCUGCCAGAAAGUUGGGGUUUCUUGUGUCCAGUGCACACGCCUGACGGUUCGCCUUGUGGUUUGCUCAACCAUCUCGCACACAAAUGUUUGGUUGCCACCCAAGACAUCGACGUAUCUCAUAUUCCCCGCGUGCUUGCUCAAUUAGGUAUUCGGACAAAUGCAUCCGCCGAUGUGAGCGAAUCUGUGUCCAUUCAACUAAAUGGACGCAUCAUUGGCUACUGUUCCCCUAAACAGGCAAAGAUGAUACACGAUACUCUACGAUUCUGGAAGGUCGAGGGAACACACGAUAUUCCAAAAGAGCUCGAGAUCGGAUAUGUGCCUAAUUCUAAUGGUGGUCAGUAUCCAGGGAUUUACAUGUUUUCUCAAUCGGCACGAAUGUACCGACCCGUCAAAUACUUGGCUCUUGAUAAGCUCGACUACGUCGGUCCAUUCGAACAACCGUUCAUGGAGAUUGCUUGUCUUGAUUCAGAUAUUAGGUCGGGUGUUUCAACACACAUCGAAUUUUCACCGACUAACAUUCUGUCUAUCCUGGCCAAUAUGACGCCAUUCUCCGACAAUAACCAGUCCCCACGUAAUAUGUACCAAUGCCAAAUGAGCAAGCAGACCAUGGGUACUCCAGGAACAUCUUUUGCCUACCGUACAGACAACAAGUUGUACAAAUUACAAUGCGGUCAGACACCUAUCGUUCGACCGCCAUUGUACAAUGCAUAUGGCUUGGACAACUUCCCCAAUGGUACUAACGCAGUCGUUGCCAUUAUUUCCUACACCGGCUACGACAUGGACGACGCUAUGAUAAUCAACAAAUCUUCACAUGAGCGAGGAUUCGGUAAUGGUACUAUCUAUAAGACAAAAUUCUACAACUUGGAUGACAAAGAUUCGCGGCGAGUUAAGUCAAAGCGUGAAGUCUCUAAGCUCUUUGGCUUUGCUCCAGGAUCUGAGAUCAAGGCUGAGUGGCGCAAGACCAUUGAUGAGGAUGGCCUACCUCAUAUUGGUGUCAAGAUGGAAGAAAAUUCAUUGAUUGCGGCAUGGCAUACCGUCAGAUAUGAUCCCGCCAGCGACUCGUACGUCAACGUUGACGGUAUUACGCAUUUCCUCAAAUAUAAAGACCCCGAAAGUGGAUAUAUUGACAGCAUUCGUCUCGUCGGUAAUGAGAACGGAAAUGAACCACUACAGGCAAUCAGUGUCAAGUAUCGCAUUCCUCGUCGGCCCAUUAUUGGUGACAAAUUCUCCUCUCGUCACGGACAGAAGGGUGUGUGCUCGCAAUUGUGGCCCCAGAUUGAUAUGCCUUUCUCGGAAAGCGGCAUACAGCCGGAUCUCAUCAUCAACCCUCACGCUUUCCCAUCUCGUAUGACCAUCGCACAAAUCAUAGAAUCUAUGGCUGGCAAAGCUGGCGCUCUUCACGGCCACCCUCAGGACUGUACGCCCUUCCAAUUCAGCGAAGAGAAUACCGCGGCCGACUAUUUCGGUCAUCAACUUCGUAAAGCCGGGUACAACUACCACGGAAAUGAACCCAUGUACAGUGGCAUCACAGGUAAAGAAUUCGCUGCAGACAUUUUCCUUGGCGUUGUCCACUAUCAACGUCUGCGUCACAUGGUGAACGAUAAAUUCCAAGUACGUACCACCGGUCCCGUGAACAGUGUGACCGGGCAACCCAUCAAGGGUCGUGCCAAGGGUGGUGGUAUCCGUGUGGGAGAAAUGGAACGUGACGGUCUCCUUGCGCACGGCUGUGCAUUCCUCCUUCAGGACCGUCUGAUGAACUGCUCCGACUCGCAACGAGCCUGGAUCUGUCGUAACUGCGGCUCCUUCCUCUCGACCCAAGUCGCCGUUUCAUCCGUCGGCCCUCGCCACAACAACAAAACUGUUGCCAACCAAGGCGCCAUCGCUGCAGCUGCACAAGCCGCUCCCAACCAGGACCAUCCAAUCAGUGGCGUCGGAGCUGUUGGCGGUGUGAAUGGCAUCGUCCGCUGCCGUCGUUGUGCGCGCGACGCAACCUUCGACGACUCACGCGCCGAAGUAUGGGAGGACGGCGACGGAAAGCGCUUCGUCGGUGGAGAUGACGUGACUGUUGUCGUUGUGCCAGGCGUAUUGAAGUACUUGGAUGCCGAGUUAGCCGCCAUGGGUAUUCGAUUGAAGUUCAAGGUUGAGCAUUAAGCUGAGACUCGUCACGCCUUGCGCUAUAUUACUCAGUAUAUUAUGGAUAUGAAUUUGCAAAAGUGAUACAAAAGUCUCUUAUUUCGUUUUUGCAUAUAGCAAGGUGUCCUGCUCUGUCUCUUUCAACGGGUUUCUUAAUGUUAUUCUUGGUUGUAUCUACAUGAUAGUUAAUGUGCUUGUAUAGAAAAUGGCACUUGGUUCUUCUCGGAAA